AUGCCUCGGACCCGCCGCACAGCCACCGCCGCUUUGCUCGCGAUCACUCUCGUGGUCGGAUUCUUGGGAGCUGUGUCUGGCAUCUCGGUUGUGGUGUUUCCGAAUGGACGGGACCACACGACCACCCCAACUGUCAUGUCCAAGAUACAAGGCAUGACUGUCCAAGUUGGACCAGACCAGGCCAAGACCGGGCAAGCGUUGGCCGCAUAUCUCUCGACGAUUGCUGCUCUAGGCUACCACGGUGAUCGCGUGUACAAGGCGACAGGCGUCGCCGUGACGGCGUAUGAUCAGCUCGUCGAGCAAGAACACGUAUAUGUGGCAGCACCAGGCCAGCCAUUCGUGGCGCCGCACCCCGAGUCUGUGGAGGAAGCCAGCGCUGCCGCAGUCGAUGGCGCGACCGGAGACAUCGAUGUCAAGACUCCGAUUGUUGUGACGUUCUGGAACAAGUUCGACGCGCCGGUCGACGUGUACUGGUUUGACACGCACAUCUACAACCUCGACGCCAACGAAACCCAACGCUUCCAUGGUCUCCACGGGGACUUACUUACAAUCAAGAAUGCGGACAGCGACGCUGUGUUUGAGCAAUAUGUCGACGUGUCGCACGGCCACGAGCAAGAGUUCCACGUGCCAGGCGGGAUCGAAAUCGAGUUUCGAAAUCAUUUUGAGAGCGAACCGGUGGACAUUUACUGGUUUGACACGGCGCAUGCCCACCUCCCGCCUCAGUCCAAGAUCAGUCUACACGCGAACGACGGCGAUGAGUUUACGCUCGUCGACAGCGACGGUGCCAUCGUGGCCACGCACGUGUUGACGGAAGCAGACGGUCCCAUUCAGUUUUUGGCCGUCCCGCUUGAAGUUCACGAUCAAUUGCCCGAACACGAAGAGCUCUAA